GGAGCUCGAAGUUGCUUCUGCUUUCAGGAGAGGUCUGUCGGGCUAUUGCUUUUUCGUUUUUUAAAAAAGCCAAGCAUUUGGUCACCGUCCACCUGCAGAAGUGAGUUUGUGUUGAAGAAGCUCCAGCCUCUGUCUCCUUAUUGCCAGCAACCCGGUGGGGCUCUCUUAGCGUGAGCUACUUCUCAGGCCAGGCACGACAGCAGUGCUAGCCAAUUUGAAAAAGCAAGAGACAGCCACUGCAUGCAGAGUUCCAGCCUUACAACCCCCAGGCUAGUCUUCCAAGCAGCUGUGUAGCCAGCGACCCUUGGUAUUGUGGUCACAUCCCUCCUCCAAAGUCCCCGUCGCGACGUUCGGAGGAAGCCGUGAUGUUGCAGAUGCUGUGGCAUUUUCUGCCUAGCUUUCUCCCCAGUGCUGGGUGCCAAGGCUCCAGAGAGGGCACCGAUAAGGAAGUCAGAGGCACCCCAGCUCCUUCUCGGGGAGACCAGAUGUCAAGCUUUUUGGGGAAACAGGACGGAAGGGCUGAGGCCACGGAAAAGAGACCCACCAUUUUGCUGGUGGUCGGACCUGCAGAGCAGUUUCCUAAGAAAAUCGUACAAGCUGGCGAUAAAGACCUCGAUGGGCAGCUAGACUUUGAAGAGUUUGUCCAUUAUCUCCAAGAUCACGAGAAGAAACUGAGGCUGGUGUUCAAGAGUUUGGACAAAAAGAAUGAUGGACGAAUCGACGCUCAAGAGAUCAUGCAGUCGCUGCGGGACCUGGGAGUCAAGAUAUCUGAACAGCAGGCAGAAAAAAUUCUCAAAAGAAUACGAACGGGCCACUUCUGGGGCCCUGUCACCUACAUGGAUAAAAACGGCACGAUGACCAUUGACUGGAAUGAGUGGAGAGACUAUCACCUUCUGCAUCCUGUGGAGAAUAUCCCCGAGAUCAUCCUGUACUGGAAGCAUUCCACGAUCUUUGAUGUGGGCGAGAAUCUGACGGUCCCCGAUGAGUUCACCGUGGAGGAGAGGCAGACGGGGAUGUGGUGGAGACACCUCGUGGCCGGAGGCGGGGCGGGGGCUGUCUCCAGAACAUGCACGGCCCCUCUGGACAGACUCAAGGUGCUCAUGCAGGUCCAUGCCUCCCGCAGCAACAACAUGUGCAUCGUGGGUGGGUUCACCCAGAUGAUUCGAGAGGGAGGGGCCAAAUCCCUCUGGCGGGGCAACGGCAUCAACGUCCUCAAAAUUGCCCCCGAGUCGGCCAUCAAAUUCAUGGCCUAUGAGCAGAUCAAACGUCUUAUUGGGAGUGACCAGGAGACUCUGAGGAUUCACGAGAGACUUGUGGCAGGGUCCCUGGCGGGGGCCAUCGCCCAGAGCAGCAUCUACCCCAUGGAGGUUCUGAAGACCCGGAUGGCCCUACGCAAGACAGGCCAGUACUCGGGCAUGCUGGACUGUGCCAGGAAGAUCCUAGCCAGAGAGGGGGUGGCCGCCUUCUACAAAGGCUAUGUUCCCAACAUGCUGGGCAUCAUCCCCUACGCCGGGAUAGACCUGGCCGUCUACGAGACGCUGAAGAAUGCCUGGCUGCAGCGCUAUGCAGUGAACAGCGCGGACCCCGGUGUGUUUGUGCUCCUGGCCUGUGGCACCAUGUCCAGCACCUGUGGCCAGCUGGCCAGCUACCCACUGGCCCUGGUCAGGACCCGGAUGCAGGCCCAAGCCUCCGUUGAGGGCGCUCCAGAGGUGACCAUGAGCAGCCUCUUCAAACAGAUCCUGCGGACUGAGGGGGCCUUUGGCCUGUACCGGGGGCUGGCCCCCAACUUCAUGAAGGUGAUCCCAGCUGUGAGCAUCAGCUAUGUGGUAUACGAGAACCUGAAGAUCACGCUGGGCGUGCAGUCGCGGUGACGGGGGUGAGGGCAGCCCCGCCCGCGGACUUGCUGAUCCUGGGCCUGCGGCCCCAGGAUGUGUAGCCAUCUCAUUCUGUGAAUGUGCCAACACUACGCUGACUGAAGCCAAGCUGUGAAACCCUGGAUGCGGCUGCAAGGGAGGGGGAAGAGCUGGCAGGCCCGCUGGGUUUGUCCUGCUGACCCUGGCGUCCGUCCCGGGGAAGACCCACGGCUAUUCCUCCAGCUCCGGGGGUCAGCAGGACACAGGCUGUCGUGCAUGGGGACAGGACGUUUCCUGCAGUGCCUGCCGAAUAGCAGGGCUCAGAUGCCGGCUUAGUUCUUCCAUCCCCUCUCACAGCCAGGCCACUGGCCGCAGGCCUUGCCCCUUGGCCUGCUGGGGGUCUUCCCCAGGCCCUCUUUGCUUCCAUCCUCGCUGCUGUUUUAACAUGGUAGGAGGGGGGCUCCCAGCCCACUCCCACGCCCCUCCUCACUCCUCUCCCCUCUGUCCGUGGGGACAGGUCGUUCCACCCGACUUUACCAGCCCUACUUCCUGACCUACAGCAUUGCUGCUGGCUAUGUGGUGCAGGGAGGAGGGAGGAGUCUGGCUUUUGUGCUCAUCCUGGUCUGAGCCCACUGUUGGCUUCUGAGCUCACCAACAGAGGGGCCCUGGAUGUGCGUGUGCAUGCAGAGGGGCAAGGCCAGCCCCGCCCUUGGCUGCCUGGUGUCCUGGCGCAUGGCUUCCCGGAAGGCGGGUGCUGGGUCCUGAAGCCCAGAGGGCCUGUGCUCCCUGCUGCUGGGGGCCUCUUGGUGCUCUGAGCUGGCCCCGGACUCUGUCAGGACUGGCACCAGCUCAGAACCAACUCCCUGCACCCCUCGGGCAUGAGGGCAGUAGGGCAUCGUGUUGUAACGGGAGGGCAGUUCCUGCCCCUGUCUGCGAGCCCUGGUGAGGGAAGGAAAAGGUGUUAAAGGCCUUAAUUGUGUAUUUUUGGGAAAAGGGUUUUGUUCAGAAAGACAAGCUGGGCACAUGUGCAAGUUCUCUGCUUCCAGAGAGAAGACAAAGGAGUAGGCGGCUUGGCUGACCGACCGCAUUCAAGUCUGUUUCUGACGCCCCUGGGGUUGUGUCCGAUCCCGACGGGGUAGAGUGGGACCAGCCUCACAUUCCACUGGUGCCGCGUAUCACAGUGCUUGGAGCCUAUUUAUUUUGUAUUUAUUUGAACAGAGUUAUGUCCUAACUAUUUUUAUAGAUUUGUUUAAUUAAUAGCCUGUCAUUUUCAAGUUCAUUUUUUAUUCAUAUUUAUGUUCGUGGUUGACCGUACCUUCUCAGCACCGCGGGUUGGGGUGGGGAGAGGAAGGAGGUGCCAUGGGAGGGACCCUCUCACCACUGCCCACACCAACGUCACAUCUGUCCAAAGAAAUUCCCCUUGGAACUGGCGACAGAGAAGAAGGGCAAGAAGGGGGCCCUGAUCCUGGAGAGAGAGAUGUCCUUUGGCAGGUCGGGGCAGGGCUGGCACUCCUGAAGCCUGAGGAUCUGAUGGGGGCGAGGAGAGGGGGAGAAACCUCGAUUCCAUUGAAAAUGGAAAUCCAAAUCCUUUCUUGGACUGGAGGAUUUCUUUAUUUUACCCUUUUUGAAUGACUAGGCAGUGAGGGGCCUAUCACUGUGAGUUUGGGGUGGGGGCCUAGAGGAGAGGGCGGCCAGUCCCCCGCCUGCCCCUGUGAAGUGGGCUCCCCCCGUCGCAGGCCCCUGCUGCCCCUGCUCAAUCAUGCUGGUCACCUCGAAGCCCCACAGCUGCACUUCAUUCUGCCAGAAGGGCUGAUGAGGACAAGUGAAAUAGGAUGCAAAGAUCAAUGCAAACGUUACUGUUAUAUAGAAAUAGAGUUAUAACUGGAAUUUGUGAAAAAGCAAAUUACAAAAGAAUUGGAAGUUGUCAUUUAAAACAGCCUUCUAAUAAAGUCGUUUCAAAGCUGA